AUGAUCGAUCAUACUGUUGCGCUUCCAUAUUGGGACUCAACGCUAGACAGUCGGAUUCCGAAUCCGUCGGAAUCGUGUCUUUUUAGUGCCGAACUGAUGGGUGAAACAGAUCGUAAUGGUAAUGUUAUCACUGGAUUCACGUCCAGAUGGAAUAUUGACGGUCGUCCCUAUUUGAAACGUCAACCGGGCGCUCAAGGAAGACCGUUCACUGAGGCCGAUAUAGCCGCUGUUAUGCAACGUGAAGAUGUGAGCAGUAUUCUGGCGUAUACAGCGCCUCGACCGGGUUGUGAGCAUCAAACUGAUUGGACAUGUCUGGAGUACAGUCAUGGUAAUGUGCUGAUAUUUGUUGGCGGUGAAAUGUUCCAUCAAAUGACAUCCGCAAAUGAUCCGUUAUUCUUUCUUCAUCACGCUUUUGUUGAUCGAAUUUGGGAGGAUUGGCGCAAACUCAGACAGUCAGCAAUCGCCCGUUCAUUAGCUUAUCCACCAGAUCUGCCGAACUGUAGUAGUGAGGAUCAUUUCGCUCGUAGUCCAAUGCGACCAUUUGCCCCAUUGCGCAAUAUUGAUGGCAUAUCAAAUCGCUAUACAUCAAAUCUCUAUACGUACGCACCAAGACCGAGUUGUAGUCGUGGACACGAUCAACAAUGUGCAUCUGAGUUUUUGUUCUGUGAUUUGUCGCAUGGUCCACCGCAGUGUGCGGCUAAAAUUCGUAUUGGUGGACCGUGUUGGGGGUUUGUGAACGGAGAGAGACCGUGCUUACAUAGUGAAUGCACCGAGAAUAUUUGCAUUCCAGUCAAGGUCUGUUCUAGCUUCAUUCUUGAACAAAUUCGGUCGCUUAUCUUCUCAGUAGCCAUCAUUUAG